UGUGGAGGGUUGCUUUAGCUGAGACUGUGCUGAAAAAACAUUGAUUUGAAAAAUUUGUUCCUAGUAUAUACUUUUAGCAUGAGAACCUGAUUUGUCUUUUAGUGUCACUUCUUUAUUUGUUAGAACAAGAUAAAUUACCAAAAGAACCUGAUAAUAUUACAAAUGGAUAGGAAAUUUUACUUUUAAAUAGUGUUUCUUCACUUUUAUGAAAACAAAGAGAAGUUUACGAUUAUAACAAUCAUUAUCUGUAACAAGGAGCCAUCAGACUAGAUUGGUUUUAAGUGAACAAUGUCGACAACAUCCUUUCCUGCAUUACCGCUAGUGGGAGGUUUUUUAACUCAACAAGUGCUUCGAACCAUACCUGAAGGAAAGUAUAAGACAAAAAGCAAUCCUCAAAUAGCACCAUUUUUCAACCAAGAAUUGACACAUGAUGAUAAACAUACUGAAAUUAUUGAUACUGCAAAAUAUCGAUAUUCAUUUAUGCAUAAUCUGUGUCUUGAAAUGCUUCAACUAGGUUUUCACAUGGCUUUUCGUGAACUGUUUAAACUAGUGGAAGAAGAAAAAAAAGCAGCUUUGUCUGAAGACAGUUUUCGAAAAACUGAUGAUACUCCAAUUGAAGAACACCAAGAAAAAUUAAGUUACUUAAAAGAAAUGCUGAUUUCUGCUGAGAUAUCCAAACGUCAAGGUCGCUCUGAAAGUGUUUACAACUCGCAGCUCUCACUGGCACAAUUUUUUACUGAACACCAAGAUUUUAGGUUAGCAGACCAUUUUUUCACAGCAUGUCAUAACACAAGCCGCCAGGUGCUGGGCGAUGGAAGAAGAAAGGAGGCUGAGGCCAACUGUUACCUUGGUAACUCAGCAGAACGCCGGAAGGAUUUUGCCUCAGCAAGAGAAUAUUAUGAGGAGUUUUAUUCGCUAACAACAAAAAAAACAUGGAAAAUUGACAACGGUACAUUGCUACACAAACAUGCCUGUGAUUGCCUUCAAAGAGUUUAUAUUCAGUUGUCAGAACUGUUACCAGUAGAUCAAGAAGAGGAUGUCCUUAACCAUCUUCAUAAGGCGCAUGAGAUUGCUAAAGCAGGUGGAGAUGCGAUUGAAAUUGGAAAAGUCGGUUAUUUGAUUGGUACCAAGUAUGAUUUUUAUGGCAAGCAAAAGGAAGCAGUGGAAUACCAUACGGAGUAUUUAGAAUUGUGUGAAUCCUUUAACGACGAAGUUGGAAUGGGAAAAGCUUGUCAGGCUCUCGCGUAUGCGAAUCAAAGGCAAGGAAAAUUGGAAGAGGCUGUUAAGAACUUGAAAAAGUUUCUUCAAAUGUCCGAACGUUCUGGUGAUAACGACAGUCGACGUGCAGCUUGCAGUGAUCUGGGAUGGUUGUACAAGUCAAUGGGAAAGUACGAGCAAUCUUCGAAUUACUAUAAAAGAGCUUUUGAAUUGUCCAAAAAAACUUCCAACUUGCAAAUCAUUAACGCGUCAAGCUGCGAAUAUGCAAUAGCAUUAGCGCACGGAUUACUUACUGGAGAAGUUGAAGCCAUAACUCGUAACUCCAAGACUAGUCUGGAAUCGUUAUUAAGUUGGAAAAGUAAUCGAGUCCAAAAUUUCUCGGGAGAUCAGAGGACAUACUCGAUGUUCCAAACAGAACAGCUACAAGAGGACAAAGAAGAUAUAUUUGAAGAAAGCAACGACGUAGAGACGUGUUCAGAUAACGAAGCCUUUGGUAACAGCGAAAGAAAUGACAUUUCUGUUAGCGAUAAUUUAGAAAAAAAUGAAACUGAAGUAUUUUGAAAAAUGUUUUUUCUGCACCAAUUGAUGUUUUUUAAAAAAAAAAAAAAUCAUAGUCAUUUAUUUUCGCCAUGGUGACAUUCUUUGUGUACGAUUAAAAAAAACAUGCUCGUUUAUCCGUAGUCUAUUAUUCAUCCGAAAAUACAACUUUUGUCUGCACUCGGUAGGACUUGGGCGAAAUAUUAUAUUUUGUUUGAACUUGUAUAUAUGUAGCAUAUGGAGAAAAUUUCUGCUUAUUCAACAAAAUUAAAUAGUAACCAAUAAUUCCUGAUUCCACUCGCUGUCGA